GAGGGGCGGGCCCGGAGGCCGUGGUGCGCGCUGGUGCUGAUGCAGGAUGGCUGAGCGCGCCGGAGCCCGGGAGGUCUGAGCCCGGGCCAGGCUCGCUCCCCGCGCAUCGCCUUGUCCGCUGGCCGCCGUGUGGUCGCGGGCAGGUGGGCCGGGGGCGCACGGGCAGGGCCGGGGCCGGAGGUCUGCAGGCGGCGGGGGGCCGGAGGCUGGUAGGCUUGCCCUGCUGCGGGGUCGUGGAGCUGCCGAGCCCGCCGGGUUCGCGAUGACCUGCUGAGAAGCCUGGUGGGAGGCUGCGGGAGGCGGCCUAGCUGCGGGCGGGGCGGUGCGGUGCGGUGCGGUGCGCGGCCUCCUCGCUCGUCUUGCCCAGCCCGACCCCCCACCCAUCCCCGCACCCCUCCCUGCCGCCAGCCGAGAUGGCGGAUCCAGCCGAAUGCAGCAUCAAAGUGAUGUGCCGGUUCCGGCCGCUCAACGAGGCGGAGAUUCUCCGCGGGGACAAAUUCAUCCCCAAAUUCAAAGGCGACGAGACCGUGGUGAUCGGGCAAGGAAAGCCAUAUGUCUUUGACAGAGUGUUGCCGCCCAACACAACCCAAGAGCAGGUUUACAAUGCAUGUGCAAAGCAAAUUGUCAAAGAUGUCCUUGAAGGUUAUAAUGGGACCAUUUUUGCAUAUGGACAGACAUCAUCAGGAAAAACCCAUACCAUGGAGGGAAAGCUGCAUGACCCUCAACUCAUGGGUAUCAUCCCGAGGAUUGCACAUGAUAUCUUUGACCAUAUUUAUUCCAUGGAUGAGAACCUGGAGUUUCACAUCAAGGUUUCCUAUUUUGAGAUCUACUUGGACAAAAUAAGGGACUUACUUGAUGUCUCCAAAACCAAUUUGGCUGUUCAUGAAGAUAAAAACAGAGUUCCAUAUGUAAAGGGAUGCACCGAGAGGUUUGUGUCAAGCCCUGAAGAAGUCAUGGAUGUGAUAGAUGAAGGCAAAGCGAACCGACACGUGGCUGUCACAAACAUGAAUGAGCACAGCUCUAGAAGUCACAGUAUCUUCCUGAUUAAUAUUAAACAAGAGAAUGUAGAGACUGAAAAAAAACUCAGUGGGAAGCUUUAUUUGGUUGACUUGGCUGGAAGCGAAAAGGUCAGCAAGACUGGUGCUGAGGGAGCUGUUCUUGAUGAAGCUAAAAAUAUCAAUAAGUCUUUGUCCGCUCUCGGAAAUGUGAUCUCUGCCUUGGCAGAAGGGACAAAAACCCAUGUGCCAUACCGGGACAGCAAGAUGACUCGGAUUCUCCAAGACUCCCUAGGUGGGAAUUGUAGAACCACCAUCGUCAUUUGCUGUUCUCCUUCUGUCUUCAAUGAGGCUGAAACCAAGUCCACACUGAUGUUCGGACAGAGAGCUAAGACCAUCAAGAAUACAGUAUCUGUGAACCUGGAACUGACAGCAGAAGAAUGGAAGAAGAAAUAUGAAAAAGAGAAAGAGAAGAACAAGACCUUGAAGAAUGUUAUCCAGCAUCUGGAGAUGGAACUAAACAGGUGGAGGAAUGGAGAAGCUGUACCUGAGGAUGAACAGAUCAGUGCUAAGGACCAGAAGAACCUGGAACCCUGUGAUAACACCCCCAUCAUAGACAACAUUGCUCCUGUAGUUGCUGGCAUCUCUUCAGAGGAGAAGGAGAAGUAUGAUGAGGAGAUCUCCAGUUUAUACAGACAACUGGAUGAUAAGGAUGAUGAAAUUAACCAGCAGAGCCAGCUGGCUGAAAAGCUAAAGCAACAGAUGUUGGAUCAGGAUGAGCUUUUAGCUUCCACAAGAAGAGACUAUGAGAAGAUACAAGAGGAGCUGACACGUCUGCAGAUUGAAAAUGAGGCAGCCAAAGAUGAGGUGAAAGAAGUUCUUCAGGCCCUGGAGGAGCUGGCUGUCAAUUACGACCAGAAAUCACAGGAAGUGGAAGACAAGACGAGAGCCAAUGAGCAGCUGACAGAUGAGCUGGCCCAGAAAACGACGACAUUAACAACCACACAGAGAGAGCUGAGCCAGCUACAAGAGCUUAGCAACCACCAGAAGAAGAGGGCGACUGAAAUCCUAAACUUGCUGUUGAAAGAUCUGGGGGAGAUAGGUGGGAUUAUUGGCACCAAUGAUGUGAAGACUUUGGCAGAUGUGAAUGGAGUCAUUGAGGAGGAGUUCACCAUGGCCCGUCUGUACAUCAGCAAGAUGAAGUCAGAGGUCAAGUCCUUGGUGAACCGCAGCAAGCAGCUCGAGAGUGCCCAGAUGGAUUCCAACAGGAAGAUGAACGCCAGUGAGCGGGAGCUGGCAGCAUGCCAGCUGCUCAUCUCCCAGCAUGAGGCCAAGAUUAAAUCUCUGACAGACUACAUGCAGAACAUGGAGCAGAAGAGGAGGCAGCUGGAAGAGUCCCAGGACUCACUCAGUGAAGAGCUGGCCAAGCUCCGAGCCCAGGAAAAAAUGCACGAAGUCAGUUUCCAGGAUAAGGAAAAGGAACAUCUCACGCGGCUGCAGGAUGCCGAGGAAAUGAAGAAGGCACUAGAGCAACAGAUGGAGAGUCACCGGGAAGCUCACCAGAAGCAGCUGUCCAGACUUCGAGACGAAAUUGAAGAGAAGCAGAAAAUCAUUGAUGAGAUUCGGGAUUUGAAUCAGAAGCUGCAACUGGAACAGGAGAAGCUGAGUUCUGAUUAUAACAAGCUGAAAAUAGAGGACCAAGAGAGAGAAAUGAAGCUGGAAAAGCUCUUAUUGCUCAAUGAUAAAAGGGAACAAGCAAGAGAGGAUCUUAAGGGGCUGGAGGAGACAGUGUCUAGAGAGCUGCAGACUCUUCAUAACCUCCGCAAGCUCUUUGUCCAGGAUCUGACCACCCGAGUGAAAAAGAGUGUGGAGCUGGACAGCGACGAUGGAGGGGGCAGUGCUGCCCAGAAGCAAAAGAUUUCCUUCCUGGAGAAUAACCUAGAGCAGCUCACCAAGGUGCACAAACAGCUGGUCCGGGACAACGCCGACCUGCGCUGUGAGCUGCCCAAGCUGGAGAAGCGACUUCGGGCCACCGCCGAGCGUGUCAAGGCCCUGGAGAGUGCACUGAAGGAGGCUAAGGAGAACGCCAUGCGUGAUCGCAAACGCUACCAGCAGGAGGUGGAUCGCAUCAAGGAGGCCGUGCGAGCCAAGAACAUGGCCAGGAGGGCACACUCAGCCCAGAUCGCUAAGCCUAUCCGCCCCGGACACUACCCAGCAUCAUCUCCAACAGCUGUUCAUGCCAUCCGAGGGGGAGGAGGCGGCUCUUCAAACUCCUCUCACUACCAGAAAUAAAUAGAAUCUGACUCUACGUAGCAUGUCAAGGACUACAUUAAUCACUACUUCCUUUACUUCCCUCCCACCCCCCCCCCCCACCCCCAAUGGUUUCCAUUUCUUUUCCAUUUGCUUACUCCAGCCAUCUGCAGUACACCGGUUUCAGGUGUUUUGAGCUAUGUAGAAUUUCUGUGUGUACAGAUGUGUACUUGGACUUUUCUCUUUCUGAGAAACUGGAAGAUGGUUAGUGAAGACCCACUUACUACUAUUACCACUGACUCAGCCUCCAGGGCAUUGGGUGGUCUCUGGGGGGGUCCCUGGAGCUUGCUCUCUCUGCAGUACACAGUCCCAUCGGAGUGCCCUGAUGUGCCAUUCCCUAGGAGGGAACAACCAAGUGCCGGAGGCCGGUGGCCAUCCUCUGCCUCCACUGUCUGGUUUCCUGUAAAAUAAACACAUUACUUUAUAUUUUUA